UUCCGGCCCUGCCGCCCAUGCCCUGAAAAGGGAUCCGCUUGCAGGUGCCCCUGGUGCUCUGUGCCCGGGGCUCGGGAGGUGUCAGCCCUGAGCAUGAGCUGCUGCUCUGCCCCCGAAGAUGCGCGGCGCGAGUUGGCGUGGCACGCAGCGGGGCACGGGGUGGUGGCAUCGCGCGAAGCAGGGUUGGCUACCAAAUGGCUCUCUUGAAUAGACGAGUUGGUUUAUCCUUAACCCAUCUAAGCAGUGCUGUGAUCCAACGACAGUUCAGCAUCACUGGGGCGUGCCGAGCAAUACAGAAACUAACCCGUGUGCGAGUGGUGGACAACAGCGCCUUGGGGAACACGCCCUACCACCGGCCACCAAAAUGCAUCCACGUGUAUAACAAGACUGGAGUUGGCAAAGUUGGAGAUAAGAUCCUUCUGGCUAUCAAAGGAGAAAAGAAGAAGGCUUUAAUUGUAGGGCACAAGAUGCCUGGCCCCACCAUGACGCCUCGAUUUGAUUCCAACAAUGUGGUACUCAUAGAAGAUAAUGGAAACCCAAUAGGGACUAGAAUAAGAACACCAAUACCCUAUACACUUCGAAGAAGAGAAGGCGAGUUCUCCAAAGUAUUGGCCAUUGCCCGCAACUUUGUAUGAAUGCUAAGAGAGGUCUUCAGUGAUCCUUUCAUAUCCUUUCAUGCAGUAGCUGUUCCUUGGUCCUUUUCCAGAAACUGGUGAAACAUGAAAAAGCUGAUGUUCAUCAAGAAUAUCUCCUCCCUUUUAAGAAUUUCAAGCAACUAAUUUAAAGAUUGAAAUAGGUUUUUUUUUUUUUUCCUCCAAAUGAAGGUGAUUUAUUUCACAGAACACCUGCAGUAUGUUUGGGAAACGGUCCUUUACCCUUACUCCUCCUCUGGUGUUAAUCUGGUUUGUCAUCAUUAAAAUGAGAACAUGAAAA